AAGAACAUCUUCUCACGAUUUCUUUUUAUUCUUGAAUUUUGAUCCCUCUCCCGAUAUUAGCUUUUUGUUGUUUAAUAAACGAAUUUUCCAUUCUCCUUUUUCUUUAUCUGAUCCGAACACAAAGAAAUGAUGAGCCAGCCCCCGACCGAUCAUGGGAAAAUCUCGGAAACCAAACAGUCAACUUCAUCCUCGGAGUCAACCCAACCGCCCAUUGUCUCUUCUGACUACGCUCCCUACCCGAAGUUAGACCCGACGGACGUCGCUCCUCCACCGGAAAACUGGUCCAUCGGUUCCCAAUCAGAUCCCAAUCCUCACCCGGCACCGAUCUCGACAAGCGCUGCCACCACCAUGCCUGCCGAGUCCAAUCCUUACGUUUCUCCGGCACCAGUUCAAUCAUCUUCCGUCAAGAAUAAGAUGGAAUCAAUGAAAGACGUGUUGGGGAAAUGGGGGAAGAAAGCGGCGGACGAUACUAAGAAGGCGAAAGAGAUAGCCGAUAACAUGUGGCAACACUUGAAAACUGGGCCGAGUUUUGCUGACGCUGCUGUAGGAAAAAUUGCUCAGACAACCAAAGUUAUAGCAGAUGGUGGUUAUGAGAAGAUCUUUGGGACAACAUUUGAGACUGUUCCCGAUGAAAAGCUUCUGAAGACAUAUGGCUGCUACUUGUCCACCUCGGCUGGUCCUGUUAUUGGAGUUCUGUACCUGUCGACCGAAAAGCUUGCUUUCUGUAGCGACAACCCACUGGCUUAUCAAGUUGGUGACCAGACGCAAUAUAGCUAUUAUAAGUGCAUUGUAAGGAAGGACCCAGUUUGUGUAAUAACGUCGAAGGUAGCGUGUUUCAGUGGCCCAAAUGUGCCGGAACCGACAGAUCCACUGGUAGGUCCGAAACCUGACCGAGGAGUGGAUGUUGUAGAGGCCUGGACAGGCCAGCUUGUGUGUCUUCAUCUUAAUUGGCAAACCUGAUAAAGGGAAACAUACACCUAUUUUUAUGGCAGAUGGUAAUACAUUCAGAUCAUGGGCCAUCCACCAGGGACCAUAGAUUCUCACUCUUUAGCUAAUCUAAUCUUUGUAGGUAUAAUGAAUGCAGAUUUCUAAUUAUCAGUUUUGUCUUGUUUCUGUCAUAGAAAGAUUCUCAAAAGUGAUUAAAAAUUUUCCCUCGGUUUUUCUCUAAGAGGCCAAACACAAUCAAGUUUAAUUUUGGUUGUUUUAAUAGCAAAAUGCUAAUCCUCCCCAAAUAAUCAGUAGAUGUAAAAUUGGUCCAUUGCCAUUAAUAGUACUGAAACAGUUGUACAUUCAUUCAAAACAAAGAAAAGAUCAUUAUUGUGGGGGAAAUGGGUAUUUUGUGAAGUGAGGGUUAAGAUUGUUGAAGAAGAACACAAGAGGAAGAAAGGAAGAGCGAGAGAGAGAGGGGAGAACAUCAUAUGUGAUAGCUGUAAUGUCAGUGCAAUUAAUAAAUAUUGUUUCAGUUUACUUUUGUUUCGAGACAGAGAGCCCACAUGUCCCUCGACAGGGACAAACCCAAAAGCAGCAUAAAACCAA